AUGCAAUGUAUUUCUUUUAAAUUAGAUGCUUAUACCAGAGCAGAGGUUGUGUACGAAUGGACACGGGAACCAGCAAGGUCAGUGGUUGUGGCUGAAGAUGGCUCUCGAUUGAACCAAUAUGAUCUGCUUGGACAAACUGUGGACUCUGGAAUUGUUCAGUCCAGUACAGGGGAAUAUGUUGUUAUGACUACACAUUUUCAUUUGAAGAGAAAGAUUGGUUACUUUGUCAUCCAGACUUAUCUGCCAUGCAUCAUGACAGUGAUACUGUCACAGGUGUCCUUCUGGCUUAACAGAGAAUCUGUUCCUGCAAGAACUGUAUUCGGAGUGACAACCGUCCUGACAAUGACUACGCUGAGCAUCAGCGCAAGGAAUUCGCUCCCCAAGGUGGCCUAUGCCACAGCUAUGGAUUGGUUUAUAGCAGUGUGCUAUGCCUUUGUGUUUUCUGCACUCAUCGAAUUUGCAACAGUGAAUUACUUCACAAAGAGAGGCUAUGCAUGGGAUGGCAAAAGCGUCGUACCUGAAAAGCCAAAGAAAGUGAAGGAUCCUCUUAUUAAGAAAAAUAACACGUACACAGCUGCAGCUACGAGCUACACCCCUAAUAUUGCAAGGGACCCUGGGCUGGCAACCAUUGCUAAAAGUGCAACAAUUGAGCCCAAAGAAGUUAAGCCAGAAACAAAACCUGCAGAACCCAAGAAAACUUUUAACAGCGUCAGUAAAAUUGAUCGACUAUCAAGAAUAGCCUUCCCAUUGCUUUUUGGAAUCUUUAACUUAGUCUAUUGGGCUACCUAUUUAAACCGGGAGCCCCAGUUAAAAGCUCCGACCCCACAUCAAUAACCUCAUUUAUUCGUAUAGUUCUGUUUCGUCUUUUGCUCUGGGAAUUGCUUCCCGUUUUCACAUACAGUAAUUCCCAUUUGCUUCAUUGCCUCUGUCUUAAAGAAAAUAAAGGUUUCUUUAUUUAACAAAAGGUAAAAUAUAUCUGUAUAUUUAAAAAAUCUGUGUCUGAGGGAGAGAACAAUAUAAGCUAUAUACUUUGGAAAAGUGAUUCUGCAAAUGGGAAAGAAAGACCUGUAGAGUAAAAAAAAAAAAAAAAAAAAAGGAAACCAUUUGCAGAUAGCUUAGUACUGAAUGUUCCCAAAAGGUAUUGUAUAUGUACAUGAAAAAGAUAUUUUUAUUCAAAGGAUUGUGGGGAGCGGGAAAAUAUUCUUUAUGACAUUCCUGAUACACAUACUAUACUGUACCAUUUAUUCAACCACUGUUUAUAAACUUUCCAAGGAUUUAAAGCUUUCCAUUUGCUGAAUCCCGUAAGAUAUGUUAUUUUCCUAAUCCCUUUUCUCUUCUAUAUUCCAAAUCACUUGAUUUAUAAUAUUAAAUGCUCUUUAAAGAAAAAUGACAUCUACUCACUCUAGGUACAGUUUGUCACUGUAUAGCACAUAAGAUCUAAUGGUAACAAAUGCUUUAAUCUGCUGUCUUA